UGUCACAUACAGAGUCUGAAGGCAUCACCAAAACACACACACGCAGACGUUAAGAAGGCUUCUCAUCAUUCCUCUUCAUAUUACUCCACUCCUUCAUCCGCCUCAUUAUACAUCUCCACAUCUCAUCAUCUUUAAUCAUCUCACCAGUUUCUCUUCCCUGGCAUCUCAUUUCAUUCCUCUGCCUCUUCACACUUUCUUUUUUACAAGCACAAUUUGCUGCUAGUCGUUUUUUCCUUCAAUGGAGGCUGAUGCAGUUUACAGCUUCAGAGCGACAGAAUGUGAUGAGCUGAGUUUUCAGAAGGGGGACAUCCUGAAGGUCGCAAAUAUGGAUGACGAUCCAAAUUGGUACACAGCUGAGCUGCAGGGCAUACGAGGAUAUGUACCGAAGAACUAUAUCAAUGUAAGACCUCAUGCGUGGUUCGUGGGAGGAAUUUCACGUCUGGAUGCGGAAAACCGUCUGAGACCUCUGGAGUGUGGAGCGUUUCUUAUCAGGGACAGCGAGAGCACUCCUGGAGAAUUCUCAGUGUCUGUCAGUUAUGGAGACCACGUGCAGCACUUUAAAGUGUUGAAGGACGGACUGGGUCAGUACUUUAUAUGGGAUGAAGUCUUCAGCUCCCUCAACCAACUGGUGAAUUUUUACAAAAUCAACAGUAUUGCCAGAGAGAGGAGCGUCUUCCUUCAAGAGCCCGAAUGCUCACUACAUAGGCCACGUCACGCCCACGCGCUCUUCGACUUCACACCUCAUCAUCCGACUCACCUGCGUUUCUUGCGCGGUGAUGUCAUCGACCUGCUCGACUGUUCGGACGCCCAGUGCUGGAGGGGGCGGUGCCGCGGCAGAGUGGGCGUGUUCCCGCCGGAGUACGUGCAGCCAAUUUAUAACUGAACUUCAGCUGGUCACCAACUUCAUUUCCUGGAAGUCUCAGACAUAUUCAUUCAUUCCUAUUAAUUUUGCUCGUUCUUUGUAAAGGUUUAACAGCCUUGACUACGGUUUGUUAUAACGGGUUUGACUUUCCUCUUUGUUACUAAUUGUUGACCAAUCAGAGGGCAAUGGUAGCAUGUAACAUCUCAAGAACCAGAAUAAAGGACCAGUCAAUGACUUACUAUUUGCUCAUUGAUUAACCAUCACCUGAGGUUUGCAGUUCUUUGUGAAGUCAUUUUAAAUGGAGGUUUGAGUUCGGAAACACCCUAUUAGACUCACGAUCUAAUAGAGGGUCAUCGUCACUUCCACAAAAACAGUCGUGCAUGACCAAAGCAUCUUUAAGGGCAGUGGAGGACCAGACCUUCACUUGCCUUAUGAAGUGCAAUGGACAUCCCCAAAAUCAUUCAUUCAUCCUCGUGUUGUCUUUUUCUUCUGUGAAACAUGUAGGAAGUUAUUCUGAGAAAUGUCUCAGAGUGGUUUUGUGUCCUUAUAAUUGAAGUCAAUAGUGGUCAAUUUUGUUUGGUUACAAGCGUUCUUCAAAAUAACUUAUUUUGUGUUCUGCAGAAGAAAGUCAUGCAGGUUUGGAAUGACAGAAAGUUCGGGUGAACAGUCCCUUUAAGGAAAUCAAUUUUUUAACUGAUGUUGAUUUGCUUUAAUAUUUAUUUAUUUAUUGUCUUUCAUACUGUUAAGUGUGUUAGAUUUCAUCAGAAACAGAUCCCUAUUAAAGAUUUGAGUCAUUGUUUUUAUUGUAUUACUGUAAUUUAGUUAGCAAAGACUAACAUUUCAGUGAAACAACACAAUUGUUAUGCAAUAAUUUAUCUAAAUUCCCAAACAUGCUGAUUUACACAUCAACUCAGCAAAUAUACUCAAGUUGAU